CGGUGGCAAAGCGCGGGUUACGGUUUAAGUUGCAUUUUAGAUGCGAACGAACGCGCAUCUCUCUUUUGGGCUCGCGGUUACGCGGUUAACGUUUCGUGAACAUCGGGCGCGCGCUACGACCCGGGUGCGACCACGAGUCGAUUGUGAACGAUCCCGCGACGCGGAUCGUCACUGCGUGACGCGGAGUUGACCGAUCUCGUCAGCGUGAAUUAGCUUCAUCCUUUCGGUGCCGCAAGCCGGCCAAGUUUCAACGUGGAAAGAUCGCCCGAGCUUCUUCCGUUUCUGCCGAGAAUUCCGACACUACUGGAAGGUUGGAUGCAGGGUGAUCUAGUGAUUUCACUCAAUAGUGCAUAAAAAAUCGGGAAAUUUUGCAUUGGUGGCGAAGAUUGGCGUUUUUUGGAUUGGAUGCAGUUAACUGAUCGGGGCAGCAAACAGAACGAAAUUUCCAGGAUACUAAACUACGCGAAGGAAAGUGAAGCUUAACGAAUCACAAUGCAUCAUUUUUUGUACAACUCUCUCAUUCUUAAAGUGCUACUACUGAUGGUCUUGUUCGCGACGUCUGGUUUAGCGGUGUCAAAAUCGCGCGGCAAAAAGAAAAUUGCCAAGGAGACGAAGGAGAUGAACAUCUGCGACAUUCAGAGCCAGCAGGCACCAAUGUACUGCUACUGCAACAAUGUUAGCCUGCAAAAUGCCAGCGACGUCAAUUGCUGGAUAUUGAGCAAGUUCGAGCGGAACGAUCCCUUGUGGGAUUACUUCACAUCGCAAAUCCAUCUCGAAAAAUUGACGUUUACGGUGCGUCAGAUCGGUAGCCUCGACUACGUGCCCAGUCAGCUGCUGCACCAGCUAAAGAAUUUGCGCGUGAUCGUGUUCCAGUAUGGGUGGCUCCAUGAGCUUUCCGAGCGCGCUUUUAGCAAUCUCAACGGUGUUGCCGAGAUCAAUCUCAGCCGCAACAUGAUCGUCGUGCUGCGCAAGUACGCCUUCGAGAACAUGAGAAAUCUCUCUGUCAUCAAUCUCGACGAUAAUCGCAUCUCUGAGAUUAAUAGAGACACAUUUGUAAACUUACCAAACUUGCGCAAGCUAUUCCUGAAUCGCAACAACAUCAGCACUAUUCACGACAAGGCAUUCAAGCUUCUAGGCUCUCUACAGGAACUCGAAUUGAGCGGCAAUCAGAUCACUGUCGUCACGCGUGACAGUUUCCACGGUUUACGUAAUUUGCGACGUCUCGAUCUACGUAGCAAUCAGAUUACUAUGAUCGGGGAUCGUAGCUUUAUCGAAAUGCCAGAAUUAGUUGAACUUGAGCUCGAUCAAAAUCAAAUCAUAUACAUAUCCGAAAAAGCAUUCGACAAUAUGCGCAAUCUCUGGAAAUUGAAUCUUAGCGACAAUCAGCUGGUGACGUUAAUGCCGGACUUUUUGGCUGGUGCACCCGGUAUUCACUUUUUGGAUUUGAGAGAUAACUUGCUGAAAACCAUGACUUUUGACAACAUUAAACCAAUUGUGACCAAUCUCUAUGGCAUGAACAGCCACCUAUACCUGAGCGAAAACAAUCUAAUCUGCGAUUGCAAACUCGCGUGGAUCUGGGGUCUACGGAAUGAGACGAAGAACACGAAACUGAGAGAUGCCCUAGAGGAGUUAACUUGCUUCCUUGAGAGCAAUAAUGCAACGCAGAAGAGCAACAGCGAAGACCUAGGGAGAAAUCAGCCGCUCGAGAUUCCCGAUGACUAUGUUGAUGAUAAUUCGAGAGAUGGUCAUAACGAAGACGAUGAUGCUGAGAAUGAUUAUUACGACGAAUCCGAUAACGAAAAUUCGUCAAAUUCUCACAGCAAGAACACUCGUGAGGGUAAGAAGUGUUGUACGAAGCAUCUAUUCGAAUUGAAGCCAGAAGAGCUGCCGUGUCCGGAGCUUUCGCGCGAAGAUUUAAUGGCCUCCGAGCAGCCAUCCAGUCGCCAUGAAAACGCCCGCGUGGGCUCUUCCGGGUCCAGCUGGUUUAGCUCUGGUUCGACCUCGGUCCAGGCCGGUCAGUCCGUCCUCGUUGCCUCAUUGCUAUUGCUAUCUAUACUUUUUUUUACGUAGAAGCGACUAAACGUUCAGAAAUGAAGCGAUAUAAACGUCAUUCGGUAUCCCGAUAUGCUCGAGUGAGCGAAUGGAAAAUCGUAGACAUAAACGAAACGGGAUGUGAAAGAAAGUGUAUUUACGCGUGUGUAUGUGUAUAUGCGCACAUAGAAAACUAACUGGACAACCAAGAGACGUACCUUCGAAACUUUUCGAAGCGCUUACAGUUAUCGUUCGUUGUAAGAAGAAUUCUCUCUUAGAAUUCGAUCUUUAAAAAUGUUUCACGUGACGUUUGUAUCAAUAAUGCAUAGAUAAACAAGACCGCUAAGUCAAAAUUGUUCAGUAUCAAAUCGCGACUACAUUUGCAUGUCAUUUUGAAAGUUGGAUUUUUUUUUUAACCUCUCGCGUAUUUAACGUAAUAUAAAAAUGUUUCAAAUACGCUGUCAUGCAAUUUAAUCUAUCGAGGCCAACUAUCGAGACGUAACAUUUUAUGUUCGCGAGUUUACUAUGUUUAUUAUGUUUUCAACAUACUUAAGUAAAAAACGAUCUUAUUAAAAUAACAAGGUUACACAUUUUAAUAUUGCUCGAAUUCAAGCUCAAACGCGCUCUCUUAUAUGCUGUGCGUCAUUCCCGUAUUUGUACAGUAUUUGUGCGUAGUUUUAUUGUAUGUAUUAUAAGAAUACCAAGAAAUAUUGCGCACACUGCUGUUUCUCAUUAGCUAUUUCGCUUGCGUAAUUACUGCCAUUUAGACCGUAGUCCAUUAUUACAUUUAACUAAUUUUUGAUCGAGACGAUGGGUUCAGCUAUAACGGCUCCAAAUAUCAAUAUAAUUAUGAAACGCCAGAAAUUGAGAUACUGCCAUAUAAUUUAGACUAAUAUUAAAAUUUUGAUAGAGAAAUUUAGACAGCAGCCCAGCAAAUACACAUAACUGCUAUAUAACAUAUAUGUAAAUAUAAUGGUUUAACGUCUAUGUUAUGUGGCAAUUAUACUUGUCAAAGAAAUUAGAUUAGAUUAUAUUUGUGCUGGAAGAUUUCUCUUAAUUGUUUAUUUAUGACUUGUACAAUAAUUAUCUCCUUUUUAGGAUUUCUACUCAUAGCUCCAUUUAUUUUAGUUUUAAAGGUAAUUUAAACAUUUUGAUAUAAAUGUACUUUUUUAAUUAUUUUUCUUUAUCUCUUUUGUAGCCUUUUACAGAAUAUUGUGAAAUAUUACACACUGCCAGUUUUGCUCGCUCAGUUUUAUAGAUAACAUUAACAUUUUUAUAUAAAUAUUUAUAGAAUAUUUGUUUUAAUAUUGGGCUUUGAUUUUUGUAAUUUUUAUACGAUAUUAUGAAAUAUAUUAAAUAUUAUGCAUAAGCCAAUUUUCAUUAAAUAUUUCUUCUUAUAAACCAAUAAUUGAAUCUUUAUAUUCUUAAUAUCUCUAUUCUUAACUUCUCAAUAUUGAUUGUAAGACUUAUAAGCUCCGUAUUCUUAACUAACCUUGCGCUGCUAUAUUAUAUAUGUUAAUAAUUUGUAUUUAUCAUAUGACAACGUAUGUGAACACUUGAUUAUAUAAUAAUUAGAACAAAAAAUUCAAAUAAAAGAAGAGAAAAGAUAUUCAUUGACGUUUUUUAGGAUUGUUCCAACUUCUUGGUAAACUGAUCUAUCAGAUAAGCAUGUGUUUAUCUUUAUUUUUUUUCUUAAAUGAAGACAGACACAUAUUUAUCUGACAAAUAAGUUUACGAAGAAGUUGGAACAAACGGUCCUUAGUAAAUAAGAAUUGAUAAUUUAUACAUACAUGCAUGCAUGCGUAUGUUCAUGCAUAUCAUAUGCAAGCAUGCGACGCAUCGAAUAUCAACGCGCAGGCGCGAAUGAGAUAGAAAGAUACACAGCAAUUAUUUUCUAAUUUAUUUAUUUUGGCUUUUUCUCUUCAAAACAUUGUUGACAUGGAAGUUGCUCGGUCCAUUUAUAUCUUUACCUGUAUUGUUCCCAGUGAAUAAAUAAAUUUUAUUCAUAAUUAUUCCUAUUUAUCCAUUUAUAUGUCUAUGGAAGAUUCGAAUAGGUUAAGAAUACGGAGAUUUGGCUGUUUACUAUUUAUAUUUUGACACGUUAUAGAUAUUUUUAACAUUAAAUUAAUAACGAUAAUUGUCUAUAAUAGAUGGAUGGAUGGCUUUGAACCCUUGUAGAACUUAAUAUUUAGAAUAUCCCGGAAUUAAACGCUUGUCUAAAAGACUUGAAUAAGAUUUAAAAAAUAUGUUUCUCAGACAUGCAGAGAUGUCUUCAAAAAGAUGUCUUGAAGACAAUGCCUUUUAGACAUGCAUGCCAUUGGAGCCAAAAAUAUCAAGAAUCGAUAUAUUGACAUAAAAUUUUUUUAGGAAUUAAUGGAGCCAUUAUAUACAAUCGUAAAACAUAUUAAGAAUUGAUAUGGUUGAACCAAUUUUGAAAGAAAAAUUGAGAUGGGCACUAUAUGAUUAUAAAAUAUUAAAUUAUUGAGAAAAGUUAAGAAAGAAACAAUUGAAUUAGUUUAUUACGAAAAUGCAUGAGUCGAGUCAAGGGAUUCUUUCACAAAGGUUGAAAAAUUUUUUUUUUAAUUUUAACAUGCAUAUUAAUAUUUUAAUACAUAUUUAGCAUUUUGGGAAAUAUCAAUAUAAAGUUUUUAUCAAUAAAAAAAAUGUCUUCAACAAAGUUUAAUAACAAUCAUGUUCUUUUCGUAACAUGUCUUUUGUAUACAAAAAUGAGAUUAAUAUUUCUAUAAUUAGUAAUACAAUUGAUAUUUCUUUUCAUAUAUGUUUUAUUACGAGUAAAAAAAUUUGAUAUUACAUUAACUUACUUUCGUAAAAAUACAAAUUUAUAUUUAUUCUAUAAUAACUAAUUCAAUUGUAUAUAAAUUAUUUAACAUAUUUCGUUUAACCCUACAUCCUAUUGUGUAACCUCCUAAUUGAUAUUAUAUUUAAUAGAAGAAAUAUAUACUUCUUAUGAAAUAUAUUUCUUGGUAUAUGUGAAAUGAGACUGAAAACAAGAAAUUUUUCGAGCACUAAGCGUUUUUAUAUAUCAUUCUUCUUACAAGAUUAUAAUCGUGAUGUUUCUUGCGCAAUAUUUAACUAGCAGUUUCACAACGAUUACGUCUACAACGAUCUGUUUGUUUAAGGUGCACUUUCUUGCGCUUUUUGCGUGACAGUUUUAAGCUAAAUAUACUUAUAUUUUAAUCUUUGAGUGAAUAAAAGAAAAGGAACGAGGCUAAAAACGGAAAGCGCAACUGGAGCGAACAGACGUAAUUUGCAACAAUCAAUUAGUAAGAAACGCACGAUAUGGGUAACGUGAAACAUAGCCUACCCUACGGAACAAUGAUAAAGAAAAAAAAUUAUUAAUAAUGUUGAGGUGUUACUUGUCAUAGUAUAUGCGUUGUCAUAGUAUCGUGAUAAUGUUUAUAUAAUAUAUGAAACGUCGAAUCGCAACACGACAUCGAGGGGACAAGAAGAUCGAUCAUUGAAAUAUCUUUUUUAACAAUCAUGACUUAAUAGGUAGAUUCCAUUAUCAUAGAGAGAUAAAAAUAUAAUUUGCAAAUACUUUUCUGAUUUUUUUUAUUUAAGACUUACUUCCUUAUAAAUAGUUCUUUAUUAUAAUUAAACUUUUUGAUAUAAAAAUAUGUGUAUGUAACAUGUUUUGUAUGUUAUUAAAUUUUAUUUUAUUAAUAUAAACGUUCAAAAAAUUAUUACAGUAAAAUAGAUGUCUUGUUCUAAUUUUUUUAUUAAUUCUUUUUUAUAAAAUAGUCGAUUCUUGCUGUUCGCUCGAUGCCAUAGUGCGGCAUGACACCUGUUGUCGGUUGAAAGAAAUACGCGUAUAAAUUAAAACGUUCCGGGGUAUUGCGUGCACAACACGUUACUGAGUUAUUCAUAAAAUACAAAAUUAAGCCAUGAUAAAUAAACGUAUUUAGAAAGUAAGUUUUUAAACGAUACAUUAAUCAGUUUUUUUUAAUUCUUUUUGUUACUAUUGAAACACAUGCUUGAUGAAACAAUCAGGAAUUUUGUUAGGAUUAUUAAUUAUAACUCUACAUAAUUCCACUAAAAGCAAACGCGUGAUAUAAAUAAGAGUUAUUGGAAAGAAUUUGAAAAAGAAGAUCCCGAUCAUGUAAGACAUUUAACUUAUAGAUACCAAAGAUAAGAAAAAUUUGGUGUUAGCUGUUAGGAAUCUCUCGUACACAAUUUAUGAUCUGUAUGAUCGCACUAAGUAAAAUAAAUUAACUAAAUAAUUAUUAAAUCUGAUAAGUGAAUGAACACAGUACACCGUCAAUCCCGAGUCCAUUGUAAGUUAAAGUAAAACAAGGCCCUGUGAAUUUUCCAUAGGGUUUCCUUCUUUCUCUUUCUCUUUUUCUCACUCUCCUAUUCAUUCUUUCAUAUUAUUAAAUCUAUUGAACGAGAAAUGAAAUUAACAUAUAAUUAAAAAUUAAUUGGCAGAUAAAUUACAAAUUCAAUUAGGAGAUUAAUAAUUAAGGUAGAUAAUCGAAUAAUUUGCUAAUUUUAUUUUCCAUAAUUUACUCCGCAAGUCUCCCACUUUAUUUCUACUCCUGGAUUUUCAUAUAACCUUCAUUCAACGUACUGCUGUAUCAGAUGCGUUUAUUCAUGUAAAUUUAUUUAUUAAAAUUACAUUCAACGUAUGCGUUUUAAUAUAUGUCGUGUGCAUUUUAUAAUGUACAAGGAGAUAUUUCUUGGGAGAAUGCAAUUAUUUUAUAUAUAUAUGUAUAUGUACAAUUAAUUUAAGCUCUUAAGUAAACGCAACUAUAAUAUAUUAGGUUUAAUCUAUUUAUGUAUUUACCAUCAAGCUUUGAUAUGUAUUAUAUGUUCUUUUGUAAGAUUUAACAAUAAUCAGAAAUAAAUCGUCGAAAAACGAA